AUGCUUCGUUUGACAAUCAUCUCUCUUGCUCUCCUUUUCUGCGCUGCCAACGCCAACCUCUUCGGAUCACUUUUGGAUUCCGAAAGCAAAGUUGUGGCAGUUGAGGAAAAGGCUCAAAUUAACAAUGAUGAACCCCAACCGGAAGAAACUGGCCUUGCCGUCAUUGACAACGAUACUCCUAUUGCCGCUGCAAUGGACGAUAUUGGGUCUGAAGGACAAUCAAACGGAGUUGUGAUCCGUGCUAAGCGCUACUACGGUUGCGGAUGCGGAUGCGGUUGCUGUGGAUGCGGUGUGACUUGUGCUACAAUGGCUCCAGGCGCAACGAUGGCCCCAUGCGGAUGUGGAUGCUGUGGAUGCGGAUAUGGAUAA